AUGUCUCAUAACAAAGAGAUUGCAGAUGUUUUAUAUUCAGAUCUUAUCAAGAUAUGUUCUAGUUCGGAAGUCAAUGGCCAACCAAUCAAUUUGUUUGACCUUAACAAAAAUGGAAAGCUUGUUCCAAUGCCACAGGCCACUCACUGCAUGAAGAUUACUAUUGCAGAGAUUGUCAGACAGCUUGGUCAAAAAACGAUCAGAGCUCCUGAUAUCUCCUUUAUAUCCAAAUCAGGUCAACCAUUUACUCCCAUGUUUAUUGUCGAGGUUGGAAAUAUCACAAUUAUAUCGAUGUUCAAAGAAUUAGAUAACAGAUUUAAACAUAAAUAUUUUGCAGAUAGAACAUCUGUACAACUCAAUUGGCUAUAUGCAUGGGAAGAUGUAGAGGGUGGUGAUGUUUUGCCGAUGUUCAUAUUGAAGGAAUCUUCCGAAUCAUUGUCAAAAAGUGAUGAACCAGUCGACUGUCCUAAAUAUGGUAUUACUUUUCAAGAUAAUUAUGCUUUUAUGAAACAUUUUUCAAAAAAGUAUAGUAGUAAUCGGCAUAGAGCAUAA